AUGGUUUCUCAUAUGGACGACGAAGCAGCAUGUCAGCUUCAAGCCGAUUUGCGGGCCUCGCUAAGGCGUGCACAUCGUUCAAAGAGACCUAUCUUGACCCAUCUAAAUGCCGACACUUCCUGGCUCAUAUCCCUCCCAUGUCCCGAGCAUGCUAUUCCGCUGGCAGGACGAUCACGGUAUAACAUCCUCAUAGACCCUUGGUUGAAGGGCAGUCAGGAAGACGUGGCUGGGUGGUUUUCGAAGCAAUGGCAUUCGGUCGAGAGCAGCGUCCCAACCAUUGCCGAACUCGAGGAUGCCUUACGAGAAGCCGAACGUUUAGACCGAGAUGAGAAUGACGUGGUCUCCGACUUCGAUACGGACUCUUCGGCGCCAAGGGAAGGGUCUUGCGUUGAUGCUGUGGUCGUCUCUCACGAGUUCACCGACCAUUGUCAUCAAGCUACGCUGCUAGAGCUCGACGGCCAAGUUCCAGUGUUCGCGACCAAGAAAGCAGCCCAACUGAUACAAUCUUGGAAACAUUUUGACCAGGUGAUUGAGAUUGGGACAUUUUCCACCAGCACGGACUGGCGGACAACCAGUCUUGCUCCUAUGCCUGGCUGGAUCGGAAUUAGUAGACUGGUCACCGGUUUCGACAUGCUGUACUUCCAUUCUGCGGUCGUGAUAUGCGUACAAAUGUCAGAGACGUCUGACCACGCUGAAGCAGUCAUAUAUACUCCCCAUGGAGUGCAAGCAUCAACAGUAUCUGUUCUGACGGAAGCGACCCCUAGACUGGAAGCCCUGGCUUUCCUCCAUGGUCUGCAUGAUAUUUCUAUCGGUUGGACAAGUCAACUUAAUCUUGGCGUGGUCAACGCUCUCAAAGCCCAGAAAAUACUGGGGGCAAAAUACUGGGUUGGCACGCAUGACGAAGAGAAGCCGAGUUCGGGGGUGAUUGCGCCAUUGUUGAAGAGGAAGAUCCUGAGCGUAUCAGAAGCUCUUGCAAGCCUUUCAGGGACACAUACGAGCACUACACAAUCGAUGAUGGAAUCAGCUGAAGAUCUGGGCUGCGUUGAGUUGAGGAAUGGAGAAAGUCUUUUACUAGAGUAA